UAUUAUUGCGCAGGCCUAUCAUGUUGCAUUCGUCCCGAGUUUUUAUGGGCUACAAGUCUAGCUUUUACAGAUCUUUACACAAGAUUCUGUCAGAGAUUCUGUCAUGGUUUUAUGCGAUUGAAUGAUGACACGUAGGCAAGCAUGAGGGCAUUAGAGGCAGGAAUGUUGGAUACAUUGAGAGGGGGGUGAGAGAGACAGACGAGUGUGUUAUGGAUGGUUGUCCCCAUUCCUGUAGGGUUUGUUAAUAUGACAGUUCCUCAAGGCAAGGCAGCAGACAACGAGCGUAUAGGCUAUAGCUCAGUGGAGGUAACUGUGUAGUUGUGCCAGAGAGGUUCUGUGGGGGCGUGCGUCUCGGUGGACUGUGAUCGGGGUUGUGUUUACCUGAGAGGAGAUGGCUGUUCUGGCAGUCAAAGCAGGUUUUCCGGACCAUUCUUGAGGCCAGAUACCCUGAGGUGUGUUGUCUGUCUGCAUUUGUCUAAAAUGAAAAAGGGAGGGAGCAGCACAAAUACCGCACAGCCAGACGCCAUGCAGGGGGAACCCUCCCCUCAUCCCUGAGUGCUGAAAUGUCUGGACUGGAGCCUUAGUGUGUCAUAUCAGAUUGUGUCAGACUGCAUCCAGUAGGGGGAAUAUAAUAAUAAUAUAUAAUAUGCCAUUUAGCAGACGUUUUUAUCCAAAGCGACUUACAGUCAUGCGUGCAUACAUUUUUUGUGGAUGAUAAGAGCUUCUUGAAAGUAGCCUUUCAGACACUCUGUGGAAGAUUUUCCUCUAAAAGCCAUUUUCAGUCAGACAGGUUCGGUCAUUGACCUUCUCAACAGUAGUUUCUCCAGACCAGACCGUCAGUGGUUUUAGCGAGGAGCCAGUAUGGAGUGGUCACUAGAAAGGGUGAGGGAGAUGGUGGCUGGAGGGAUGCAGUCUAUGAGGGACUGUGAGUCCAGUGCCUUUGGCACAGCCAUGUGUCUGCUACUGCUCUUUGUGUGGUACUGUUACAGGGUAGGUCGUGAGCACAGCUCCACUCCCCUGCGUGGGGGGUACAGCACUGAGCCCAGUCGAGUAGGAGGGGGUGGAGGGGCCUUGAUCAGCACUGAGAGGGAUGGUAGGGCUAAAGGCAGGCCGGUGUCAGGGGUGGAGGAGCAGAACGGCUUUGCUUACUGCCAGUCCACCGAAUGUUUUCGCUGCACCAACACAGGGGAAGGUCUUAAUCAGAGGCUGUACCACAGUUUACAGGAUUACGCCAAACGCUACACCUGGUCAGGCAUGGGCAGGGUGCACAAAGGGGUACGAGACCAGGGCCGCUACCUCACCAGCCGGCCCACCAUUCAGAGGCCAGAGGUGUUCUUCCUCCCUGACCUGCCCUCAGCACCCUUCUUUUCCCGGGAUGCACAGAAACACGAUGUGGAGCUGCUGGAGAGGAGCUUCCCUGCUCUGCUGGCUGAGUUUGAGAACAUCUACCAUGCCCCCCCAGCGCGGGCUGGCUCCUCCCUGCCUCCGGGCUGGAAGGCCAACAGCACCCCCCAUGGCCAGUGGUGGACCUUCUACCUGGUGAACCAGGGCACUCCGCUGGCCCUCAAUGCCAGGAGGUGCCCCCGGGCCUGGAGGAUGCUGGGCCAACUGCGCACCUUCAUUGCCAACAACGUGUUUGGAAACGCCUGCUUCUCUGUGCUGACCCCCGGAGCCCUGAUAACUGAGCAUUACGGCCCAACCAACGUCAGGCUGCGCUGCCACCUGGGUCUUAGAGUACCCUCUUCCUGUGAGCUGGUGGUUGGAGGGGAGCCGCAGUGCUGGUCUGAGGGGAGCUGUCUGCUGUUUGAUGACUCCUUCCUCCACAGGGCCUUCCAUGAGGGCGGCCCAGAGGACGGCCCCAGGGUGGUCUUCAUGGUGGACCUCUGGCACCCUAAUGUGGCAGCUGCUGAGAGGCAGGCUCUGGAUUACAUCUUCACCCCUGGACGCUGAGCAGAUG